GGGGGGAGACAGAAAAGUCCAGUGAACAGAUGGAUGCUUGACUGGCAUUUCCAGGAUGUCUCUGACCUGCGCCUUUUGUCUUCUCUCCCCAGUGUUAGAGAUUGAUUUUGCGGAGCUAACCCUGGAAGAGAUCAUAGGCAUUGGGGGUUUCGGAAAGGUCUACCGUGCCUUCUGGAUAGGGGAUGAGGUUGCCGUGAAAGCCGCCCGCCACGACCCCGAUGAAGACAUCAGCCAGACCAUAGAGAAUGUUCGCCAGGAGGCCAAGCUCUUCGCCAUGCUGAAGCACCCCAACAUCAUUGCCCUCAGGGGGGUGUGUCUGAAGGAACCCAACCUCUGCUUGGUGAUGGAGUUUGCCCGGGGAGGGCCUUUGAAUAGAGUGUUAUCUGGGAAAAGGAUUCCCCCGGACAUCCUGGUGAAUUGGGCCGUGCAGAUUGCCAGAGGCAUGAACUACUUACACGAUGAGGCGAUUGUUCCCAUCAUCCACCGAGACCUUAAGUCCAGCAACAUAUUGAUCCUUCAGAAGGUGGAGAAUGGAGACCUGAGCAACAAGAUUCUGAAGAUCACUGAUUUUGGCUUGGCCCGGGAAUGGCACCGAACCACGAAGAUGAGCGCGGCAGGGACCUACGCUUGGAUGGCUCCGGAAGUCAUUCGAGCCUCCAUGUUUUCCAAAGGCAGUGACGUGUGGAGCUACGGGGUGCUGCUUUGGGAGUUGCUGACCGGCGAGGUGCCCUUCCGAGGCAUCGAUGGUUUGGCUGUAGCUUAUGGAGUGGCCAUGAACAAACUCGCCCUUCCUAUUCCUUCCACGUGCCCAGAACCUUUCGCCAAACUCAUGGAGGACUGCUGGAACCCCGACCCCCAUUCACGACCGUCUUUCACAAAUAUCCUGGACCAGCUAACUACCAUAGAGGAGUCUGGUUUCUUUGAAAUGCCCAAGGACUCCUUCCACUGCCUGCAGGAUGACUGGAAACAUGAGAUUCAGGAGAUGUUCGACCAACUCAGGGCCAAAGAGAAGGAGCUGCGCACCUGGGAGGAGGAGCUGACGCGGGCUGCGCUGCAGCAGAAGAACCAGGAGGAGGUGCUGCGGCGGCGCGAGCAGGAGCUGGCCGAGCGGGAGAUCGACAUCCUGGAGCGUGAGCUCAACAUCAUCAUCCACCAGCUGUGCCAGGAGAAGCCCCGCGUGAAGAAACGCAAGGGCAAGUUCAGGAAGAGCCGGCUCAAGCUCAAGGACGGCAACCGCAUCAGCCUCCCCUCCGAUUUCCAGCACAAGUUCACGGUGCAGGCUUCCCCGACUAUGGAUAAAAGGAAGAGUCUCAUCAGCAGCCGCUCCAGCCCUCCUGCAAGCCCCACCAUCAUUCCUCGCCUUCGAGCCAUCCAGUUGACACCGGGAGAAAGCAGCAAAACCUGGGGCCGGAGCUCAGUGGUCCCGAAGGAGGAAGGCGAGGAGGAGGAGAAGAGGGCCCCAAAGAAGAAGGGACGGACGUGGGGACCAGGGACGCUUGGUCAGAAGGAACUUGCCUCAGGAGAUGAAGGAUCCCCCCAGAGACGUGAGAAAGCUAAUGGUUUAAGUGCCCCAUCAGAGUCUCCACAUUUCCACUUGGGCCUCAGGUCGCUGGUAGACGGAUACAAACAGUGGUCGUCCAGUGCCCCCAACCUGGGGAAGGGCCCAAAGGGUAGCCCAGCCCUGCCAGGGUUCACCAGCCUUAUGGAGAUGGAGGAUGAGGACGGCGAAGGCCCAGGGAGCACAGAGAGUCGUCUGCAGCAUUCACCCAACCAGUCCUACCUCUGUAUCCCGUUUCCUCGAGGUGAGGAUGGGGACGGCCCCUCCAGUGAUGGAGUCCAUGAGGAGCCCACUCCAGUGAACUCGGCCACCAGUACUCCUCAGCUGACGCCAACCAACAGCCUCAAGCGGGGCGGUCCCCCCCACCGCCGCUGUGAGGUGGCCCUGCUCGGCUGCGGGGCUGUGCUUGCGGCCACGGGCCUGGGGUUCGACCUGCUGGAAGCUGGCAAGUGCCAGCUGCUUCCCCCGGAGGAGCCUGAGCCACCAGCCCGGGAAGAGAAGAAGAGGCGCGAGGGGCUUUUCCAGAGGGCCAGCCGCCCUCGUCGGAGCACCAGUCCCCCGUCCCGAAAGCUCUUCAAGAAGGAGGAGCCCAUGCUGUUGCUGGGGGACCCCUCGGCCUCCCUGACACUGCUCUCGCUCUCCUCCAUCUCGGAGUGCAACUCCACCCGCUCCCUGCUGCGCUCGGACAGCGAUGAGAUCGUGGUGUAUGAGAUGCCUGUCAGCCCGGCCGAGGCCCCGCCCCGGACUCCCUGCACCCACAACCCCCUGGUCAACGUCCGAGUGGAGCGCUUCAAGCGAGACCCUCACCAGUCCCUAACUCCCACCCACGUCACCCUCACAGCCCCCGCACAGCCAAGCAGUCACCGGCGGACUCCUUCCGAUGGGGCCCUUAAGCCAGAGGAUCUCCUAGCCAGCAGGAGCCCUUCCAGCAAUGGCUUGAGCCCCAGCCCUGGGACAGGAAUGUUGAAAACCCCCAGUCCCAGCCGAGACCCGGGUGAAUUCCCCCGUCUCCCCGACCCCAGUGUGGUCUUCCCCCCGACCCCGAGGCGCUGGAGCUCACAGCAGGACUCUACCUUGGAGAGACCCAAGACUCUGGACUUUCUGCCCAGGCCACGUCCUUCCGCCAACCGGCAGCGGCUGGACCCCUGGUGGUUCGUGUCCCCCAGCCACGCGCGCAGCGCCUCCCCAGCCAACAGCUCGAGCACAGAGACGCCCAGCAACCUGGACUCCUGCUUUGCUAGCAGCAGCAGCACUGUGGAGGAGAGGCCCGGACUGCCAGCCCUGCUCCCAUUCCAGGCAGGGCCGCUGCCUGCCGCCGAGCGGACACUUCUGGACUUGGACGCAGAGGGGCAGAGUCAGGACAGCACCGUGCCACUGUGCAGAGCUGAGCUGAGUACUCACAGGCCUGCCCCUUAUGAGAUCCAGCAGGAGUUCUGGUCUUAGCAUGACAAAGGUCAGGGGUAGGCAAGGGGGAAGCGGGAGGAGGUUGGGAGAGGGCGCUGGAGGAAGUAGGGGGAGCUGGCUGGCACAGCCCUUUCUUAGAGUUGGAAACCCCUGAGAUCCAGCCCUGCUUCUUGCACUGAUAAUGCACUUUGAAGAUGGAAGGGAUGGAAAGAGGGCCACUUCAGAGGGUCUCCUGCCCUGUAGGGCCUUUCUGUCCAUGUCUAUCAUAGGGACUGUGGACAUGAGCUCUGGCUGUGUAGGGGAGGGAAGGUGCCUGCAUAUCCUCCGCCCUCCACAGUCUUCCUCGCCUUGAGGGUGACUCUGAAGAGUCACUCAGCCAAAUCCGUCUGCUCUUCCCUCUCCUGAUCAGUCGGGGAUGCCCAGAGCUGUCCAGGAGCCCCUCGGUUAGCCCUGAGUCCAGCCUUCCCAGACUGCAGUGUUGGACGCUCUGUGAUCUCGCUCCUUUCACACUCUCCUCCAGCACCCGUGACUCGGAAUCUCAUCUGAUGGGAGAUGCGUGCUCUCCUGUGUCCUUUUCCUGCCAGCUGGAAGGCUGAAGGCAAGAUGGCUUAGUACGAGGGCAUACAGGGUGAUACCCCUGGCACUACCUACCAGCACUUCCAGGUGCCCCACUUGUGUAUUUGACCCCACAGGCAGUAAGGGCAGCUGCCCCAGUGAGAGCUACAGGGAGGGGGGAGCUAGGAAAGAUAGAGUCGAGGGGCCGGGAAGAGGGCAGCAGAGUCUGUCCUUGUUCCUUUGGGAGACAUUCUAGAGCAGAAACCAGCACCUGUUGAGGUACCCCUCUACCCACCUGGGGUCAGAACGUGAGCAGACCAGGUGCUGAUACAAACAUAUGCUCAUCCCAGGAAUAGUUUCUUGGGAGGCUCACUGGUGCCAGUCUGCAGUCAGAGACAAAGUCCCUGUAUUUACCCUUUUGUCGUCUGAUCUCUGUGUUUCAUCCCAUCCCCUUGGCCUUCCCUCCCAUCUUGGAAUGAGUGGGCUUUGAGUUAUGUGUGUGGUGAGUAGAGAGCUCUGCAGUGUACCAGAGUAACCUGUGAGGGUGGGCCCUGGGCACUGGCAGUUGGGACUUUGAGGGACUUCUUAGCCAGUAUAGUAGAGCGACCACUGUUCUGAGUGCUCAGUGAGCCAGUGGUGGGCACUAACCUCCAGGUCCCCAGUUUCCUAGUUGGGAACUGACCGAGGCUAGAGGCCCCUAGUGCUGGGCUCUGGGCCAUGAACUGGGUAGAAAGGACCACAGAGGCCAACUCUGACUUUUCUGGAAUUUGUUUCCUUUACUUGAAUGUAGAGCAGCUUGCCCACAUCCAUCUUCAUGCUUCCGUUUACCUGGAGGUCUUCUGUGUUAGGUGCAAACAGUCACCUUUGUGUGGGAAUAAUAAAUAACGUGGUUGGGAAUAGAGUCCUUAGGUCAUGUCCCUGUCCCUCACUGUUGCUCCAUUGUCUUACCGUGGAGUAUCUCCCUGGGUUACUGGAGCUCAGUUCAGAGUGGGGAGAGUGGUGGAGCUGGCAUAGGUGAUAGAUUUGGCUUCUGCUCUUUCCCUGUCACUGUGGUAGAAGCCCUGCCCUGGGGGUGACUGAAAGGGUGACCUUGGUAUUCAGGUUGUCCCUUGCUUCAUUCCUUAGCCCGCCACACCCCCCACGCCCCGUGUUCUCUAGCGCAUCUCAGCUCUCUCCUCUUGGAAGCCAAUACACAAGAGAUUAUUUUUGCCUCCAUACUUCUUUUCAUAGGUUAGAAGAGGGAAGAGUGAGUUUUAUCAGCAGCUCCAGCCAGCCAAGUGAGUCCUCUUCCGGAGGAUCUAAGUUCAUAAAUGGUCUGCACUGUGCCCUUCCCUGAGCCCCCAAAAUCCCAGUCCCUAAGCCACCAACUCCUCUUACAUGCUCUUGGCUCCACAACAUGGCCCUCUGGUAGGGCACAGCCUAAAGCAUAAUCCAAAUCAUGCUGGCUCUAGACCAUGUUCUGUGGUAGGAGGUAGGGGUUUUUCCUCUACUUGGUGUUUGUUUGUUUGUUUGUUUUCAUUUUCUGCAUUUUGAUAGGUUGCAGCCAUCUUUCUUAGGGAGAUAUAACUGACAGGGUGUAUAUGGGAUGAUGGCAACGUGAUACCAAGCAGGAGGUGGCCCCCAGUUCUUAGCCACCCAGGGAAAGGGUAAGGCAGGGCUAGGGCUCUGCUGAGGAAUUAAUUGUACCUGAAAGACGCCAAAGAAGGGUCAUUUCCAAAGAUGCUGCCGUGAGCAUCCACAAAGCCCGCCCUCAGCCCCUGCGAGCCGAGCCUUUGGCGGGCCCCUGCCUGCCACAUUGCCUCUGGGGCAGGGCAGGAGACAGGAUAAGCCUCUGCAGAGCGGAAGGUCUGAGUGGUCUCCUGUAGACUUGUGUUCCCUAAAGCUGUGUUUGAAGCCUCUUGAGCAGAAGUAGCUGGAGCUUCCCUUGUCCCUUGCCUUCUCUCUGCUUGGAGACGCCUCCCUUCUGCCCCUGGCAAGUGUUCACCACGUGGAAGGUGGGGAAGGGAACAGAUCCCGUCUCCUUGGGUCCUUCAGCUCCUACUGCUGAUAGUCAACAUGGAAUCCAGGCCACUGCCAGAAGGUAUCCUCGUGUUAUUUGUAACCAAGAGGCUUUGGUGGCUGCUCUUAGCUUGGCAUCUGUUGGCAUCUGCCUAGGGUUCGGCAGCAGUGAUGUUAAUCACAGCCAUGAUGAACUGGGCUUACACAGCUCAGGCCAGUGCCGGCUUUCCUCCUCACCUUCACAGAAGGACACCGUUUUCCUUCUGUGUUGGGCCAUACUUGGUGGAGAAGGAGGAAUGCUGGAAGAGGAAGAUUCCAGUGCAGAGAAAUUGGAAAGCUGUUGGGAUGACUGCUGAGCUGGGCCAGCAGGCGCUGAGCCCCGGGAGCUCUGUUUCCCAGGCUGCCUUUGCCGCAUGACCUUAGGCUUGUCUCUUGGCCUCUCUCAGAUUUCCUACCUUUAAAAGCCCUGUCACAUGCUUCCCUCACAAGGGCAGUGGGAGAAUGUGUCGGAGAAGGUCCCUGAAGCAGCCCUGGCUCCUCGCCAGCUCCUAGAGGACAUGUCCUCUGUCCCCACAGGAUGAAUUGCUAGAGCUGACGGUAUGGUGCUUGCCACCCAUGCCUCGGGGGCUCGCCUGUUCUUUCACCCUGUGGCCUCUGGGAAAGGAGUGACUGGAGCUGGCUCAGCGUGACUAAUGAGCCCUGGGGCCUGGCACAUGCUCUUUCACCGCAUUACACAGCACCUGGUCAUGACAAGCAUCCUUUCCCCCCACCCCCCACCUAGCCUGGCGGGCUGGCCGGCCCCACCAUGUGUGUCUUAGGAAUUGGGAGGUUGGUGGCAGCUUCAGAGUGACAGUUAUCUGCAGAGCCUGGAAUCAGACCAGUUUCUGGAAGAAUCUUCGCAACAGGGUCCCCAUGGGGCAUGUGUCGUGGUGCUGGGUCCUUACAUAAUCCCCUUUUCCCCAGGCCACCAUUGCUCAGAGACACGGGGAGGCACCCCUUGGACAUCAUUCCUGACCUUUGGUCCACACUGUUGCCUCCACAGCGGCCACACUGGAGGUCCCUUCCCUGCUCCUCCCCCAUGUGGAGAAGACACCUCCUGAGCCAUCCUGAUUCUUUAAAGCAGACAGCAGUAGGUGGCAGGGCUGGGCACGGUACACUCCAGGGCUGAGCUGUGUGUCCAGCCCGCCCCUCUGUGAAUGCAGAACCUUGACCUCUUCACCAAGUCUUCUUGGAGCCUGUGCCUUGGAGUCAGGUGUGUGAGGGCCUGGUCUGGAGCUCAGAAACAUUCUUUGCAUCUUGAAGGAGCUGGGGGAAGAAGCAGGUGCUGGGCUUCUCCUGAGGGCUCUGGGGAAUGUGGGGCAGAGGUGAGAGCAGCCAGCAGUGCAUUACAGCCGGUUAAGGCACCACAGGGGCAGGAACCUGGUGAUCUGAGCUGUCUGUCCACAGGCAUGUGAGUGCCAACAUCUGCCUGUGUCUCUGGACCCUACCUGUGGACUGGGGAUGGCAUGCCUUUCCCCAAAGCCUCUCACCUUGCUGGACGGCCUCCCCAACGGAGGACAGUGUGUGGGGGACGGCUGCAUGGCCGAGGGUCAGCAGCCGUCCAUGUCAGCCGUUCCCUGUGAUUUGGCGGAAUCCACCACCCGCCCCUCCCUCAGGCAGAGAUGACUUAGGAACGCAUCGCCAGCUGCCCGUCUUCUUUCUGGCAAAUCAGCCUUUUCCUCGGAGAGGAAUCCAAAUAAAUCAAAGUCUGCAUAUGAAAUGGUAACCCGCUGCUGCUUCUGGGGAGCCUUCAGGCUCCCGGCUUCCCCCGGGCAGUGCUGCCUGGGCGCUCACCACCUCUGGGCACUGGUGUUGGAAGGCAGGAGAUGGGAGCUGAUUAAGGCCAGUUAACAAGUGCCUGAUUAGCCUGGGCUCCUGAGUUUCUCAUGGCCUCCCUCUCCUGAUGGGGAUGAGGCCCACCCCCUCCUUUACCCAUUUACCACCUGGGCCUCCCCAUGCUGCUGAGAGGCUGAAUAGGCCUGGUUCCUCUGACCCUUGGUGCCCGUGCUCCCUGCGUCCUCUGUGUGCAGCCUGCUUUGGGCACUGAGCUGGAAAGAGAGCCCCAGGGUAUCUCCACACCUCUUUUUGUUUCCCUUGGAAACAGCCCUGCCUUGCCCCGACCCAUCUCUCUGACUGAUCUGACCUGCCUCCCAGCAAGCACCCCCACCUGGAUUUACUUGACUGAGCAGCAGGCAGGGGCCAGGGCAGGACACUGGAGUACAGCUCGAGGGCUUCAGGCCUUUCCUGCUGGCACGUGUGCAGUGGACAUCCAGGAAUUCUGAACCCAGAGGCAGAAUGGUUUUGGGGAGUCCUGGCAAGUGACAGGUGUCCGAGGCAGUAUGUUGCCCACACCCAGACACCUGCUACACAGAGCCCGACUUCACUUGGAAUGUGGAUACUAUGUGUAUCAUGGAUUCUUUUCAUUCUGAUUUGUUAAAAUACUGCAUUGAUACAUGACUUACCUUGAUUAUUGAAUGUUUGGGGUGCCUGUGAAGUUGGGCAUCCAAGGCGAGUGCCUCACCUGCCCGCACCCUGCUCUGCCUGCCCCUCACCUGGACCUGUGAAUGGGACUUAGGUUUCACUGUGAAGUAGGUUUUCUGUUUUCUAGAAGCCCGUCUGCCCGGGCCUGAGUGGGACGGUAGCUCUCCAGAAGUGUCAGGCUCAAAUAGCACGACUGAAGACAGGUGGCGUCUGGGGUUUUUAUUUGGGGCCUGUAACUAAGGGUGUCCUCCAGCUGCCUUGCAGCCCCCUUUUUGGACAUGGACCAGGGAGCUUCAGAAGAUUCAUGGAAUUAAAAGAUAAGUCUAUUUUGCAAAAAUAAGUCCUUUUUUUUGGGCAAAAAUUGGGAGAACCCAUGCAUGGUUUUCUCAUCAUCUGCCUUUCCCGUGAGCUUUUAGGAGACCCUUCGUGGGAGCUCUGGGUGAAAGGAAGUGGCCAUGGCAAGUCCAGUUCUCCCAUCUUCAACCCCUUUGGAAUACGCAUGCAUCCCGGGAGGUGUAACCAGGCCUCAUUCAUCCUCCCUGCCAGAUUUCACAAGGGCGGAAGUGAGUGGAGGCGUUUUCACUCCCUCACACGCCAAGAGAAGGGUUGCCCACCUCUGUGGCUGCAAAAUAUUGCCCAUCACACUUCCACCAGGAGCGUUUUCCUGCUGCCUAUCAUUCUGUCGUCUUGACCUCACUCUGAUCAUUCGUCUCCCGAAGCCAUGCUGGCCAUGGCCAAUCUCUUCUUUGUCACCAGAGGAAGGCAAGGGUUUAUCCUGGCCCAGGCACAGGGACUAAUAUUAACUAAGAAAUAUGGAUUUCUUCUGUGUGAGAGGCUCUGUCCUAGGGAUUUAUGUACAUGUGAGGUCACUUCAAAAAGCCCAUGAAAAAUGAAGCUAAAGAAUACGUUUAUUUUGCUGCAAAAAAAAAAUUUUUAAAUAAGUUCAUGAAAGUGCAUAUGUUGAAAAAACUAUGCUUGGGGCUGGCACUGUGGCUCACUAGGCUGAUCCUCCACCUGCGGCACCGGCACACCGGGUUCUAGUCCCGGUUGGGGCGCCGGAUUCUGUUCCGGUUGCUCCUCUUCCAGUCCAGCUCUCUGCUGUGGCCCAGGAGGGCAGUGGAGGAUGGCCCAAGUGCUUGGGCCCUGCACCCACAUGGGAGACCAGGAGGAAGCACCUGGCUCUGGCUUCAGAUCAGCGCAGCACACCAGCCGUAGCAACCAUUUCGGGGGUGAACCAAUGAAGGAAGACCUUUCUCUCUGUCUCUCCUUCUCUCACUGUCUAACUCUGCCUGUCAAGAAAAAAGAAAAAAAGAAAAAAAAAAAAAAAGAAGAAGAAAAAAAGAAAAAACUAUGCAUGGAUUUCAAAAGAAUUUUACAUCAAAAUAAACUUUAUUCUAUUUUUAAAUGUUUAUUUUUAUUUAUCUGAAUGGCACAGUUGAUGGAGAAAGAGUUUUCCAUCUGCUGAUUCACUUCCUAAAUGCCCAAAAUAGCCAGGGCUGGGCCAGACUGAAGUCAGGAGCCCAGAACUCCAUCUGGGUCUCCCACGUGGGUGUCAGGGACCCAAGUACUUGAGCCAUCAUCUGUUGUCUCCCAGGGUACAUUUGCAAAAGGCUGGAUCAAAAGCAGAGGAGUCAGGAAUCGGUGGAACACUUUGAAAACGAAUGCUGGUACAUUGCAAGCAGCAGCUUAACCCAUUGUACCACACUGCCCACCUCUUUUAAUUCCAUUUCUCCAUGAACUUUUUGAAGUACCCUCAUAGAUCUUUUGACUCCUUGCAGUAUCAUCCCCAUCCAGGGCUGUGGAAGCUGAGGCAGCGUGGCUGUGUGCACUGCCCAGGUCACACAGCCCGGAAGCUAGUUACCGCUCUGCUGGGUUCCAGAGUCCCUCGUCUCCCUCUGAGCAUGUUUCUAGACCACUGCUCAGAAGCCCUGAAAUGCAGCUGGCAGGGGUUCGCUCCACCCGGGGCUUGAAGGUGUCGAUCCCGUGGCUCCGUGUGCAGUCCACCGUUUCCCCGCGACUGCUCUUCACAACAGCUUCCCCAUGCUGUGUGCCCUGUGCAUCGAGCUUGGAAGCCUUUACUGUAGCUCCUGUGCCCUCGGGACCUUGAAACUGGACGUUAGCCUUUGUGUCGUAUUGAGCCACAGGCCCUUGGCUCCCAGCUGUAGCAGAGAAGGGAGGACAUGAACUUGUUAACUCUCUCCUCUGAUUCCCCUCACCAACCAUCCUGCACAGUCACCCACAGCCACACACACCCCACCCAGGUACCUCCUAGGCCAAGACUGCAUCUUUUAGAGCCCUGAGGAAAGGAGUUGGAGAUGGAUUUUGCUGAGUUUAAGAAGAUCUUUGGGAUUUCCACCCCAUUAGGACCUUAAGGUCCAGGUGGAGUUUGCCUGUGUGUGCGUUCAGCCCCUCUGUAGUUAGCAAUGGUUUUCACCCCUGUUUACUCUGGUGUCUUGUCCCUGUGUCCUCGCCCUGCGUCCUUGAAUUCCCAUGUUGCCUUGGGAUUUAAGUUAUUGUAUGUUGUCAACAAUAUUUAAAGAUGGAAAAGUCCUGAAGGAAACUCAUCAGGUUCUUCCCUUUGCUUUUUGUUUUUCUUUCGAGGUACUGUAAAUUGUUAACUAGGGAUGCCAAGCAGGCUUGGUUCAAUGGCUUAAACCUCUUACUGUAUUACAGUGUAAUGCUGAUCUCAGCCUGGUCCCAACGCCAGAGCACACAGAGACUUGAAUAAAACUGUUACCACAAUUA